AAGACCGUCCUCUCCCUGCCCCAGUACCCGGGGGAGUUCCUGCACCCCGUGGUGUACGCAUGCACUGCCGUCAUGCUGCUUUGCCUCCUCACCUCUGUCGUCACCUACGUCGUGCACCAGAACACCAUCCGGAUCAGCCGGAAAGGCCGGCACACGCUCCUGAAUUUCUGCUUCCACGCGGCUCUGACCUUCACAGUGUUUGCCGGCGGCAUCAACCGCACCAAGUACCCGAUCCUGUGCCAGGCGGUGGGCAUCUUGCUGCACCACUCCACACUGGCCACCAUGCUGUGGAUCGGGGUGACCGCCAGGAACAUCUACAAGCAGGUGACCAAGAAGGCCCCACCGUGCCCGAGCGCAGACCACCCGCCAUACCCCAAGCAGCCCCUGCUCAGGUUCUACCUUAUCAGCGGAGGGGUUCCCUUCAUCAUCUGCGGGGUCACGGCCGCCACGAACAUCAGGAAUUACGGGAUGGAGAAUGAGGACAUGCCCUACUGCUGGAUGGCCUGGGAGCCCAGCCUGGGCGCGUUCUACGGGCCGGCGGCCUUCAUCACCCUGGUCACCUGCAUGUACUUCCUGGGCACCUACAUCCAGCUGCGGUGCCACCCAGAGCGCAGGUACGAGCUGAGGGCGCGGCCAGAAGAGCACCAGCGGCUGGCCGGGCCCGGGGCCGGCCACAACCCCGGGGCCCGGCCGGGCUCGCCGGCCGCCUCACUGCUGCAGAACGAGCACUCGCUCAAGGCCCAGCUGCGGGCCGCGGCCUUCACGCUGGUCCUGUUCAUGGCCACCUGGACCUUCGGGGCGCUGGCCGUGUCUCAGGGCCCCUUCCUGGACAUGGUCUUCAGCUGCUUGUACGGCACCUGCUGUGUGACGCUGGGGCUCUUCGUGCUCAUCCACCACUGUGCCAAGCGGGAUGACGUGUGGCACUGCUGGUGGUCCUGCUGCCCGUCCCGCGGGGAUGCCCCCUCCUCAAAGCUCGCUGCCCGCCCCGCGCUCGACACCAACGGGGACGCACUGGCGCGUGUGGCCUGCCUGCAGGACGCGCCAUGUCCGGCCAAGCCGCGGGGCUUCGGCCACUGCAAGGUGACCAACCUGCAGGCUGCCCAGAGUCACAUCAGCUGCCUGUCACCAGCCACGCCGUGCUGCGCCAAGAUGCACUGUGAGCAGCUGAUGGAGGACACGGCCCACGUCCACGUGCACGAGGAGGACGCCUUUGGGCCAGACCCGCAUCCGCACAGGUGUCUCCAGGGCAGAACUAAGGCUCCCUACUUCAGCCGGCACCGGGCGGCCUCGGCGGAGCAGGGAUACGCCUACCACAUCCCGUCCAGCCUGGACGGCAGCCCCCGCAGCUCGCGCACAGACAGCCCCCCCAGCUCGCUCGAGGGCCCAGCGGGGGCGCACACUCCGGCCUGCUGCGCCCAGGGCGACCCCUUCCCCUUGGUCAGCCAGCCCGAAGGCAGCGACACCAGCCCGGUGCUCUAUGGCUGCCCCCUGCGGCCAGGCAGGGAGUCGGCCCACGGCCCAGCACACUUCGAGAUGCUCCGGAGGACACAGUCCCUGCCCUUCGGUGGACCCGGCCAGAAUGGGCUGCUCAAGGGAGACAUGUGUGAAGUCCUGUCCUUCAGUGCCAAUGGCGUGGGCAAUAUCCGGACAGGGCCGUGGAAGAACGAGACCACUGUGUAG